AUGAUUUCCCGGGUUCUCUUCGGGUUUCUAACCCUGUCCACUGCUAUUGGUUCAACAACCAACGCAAAUGUCAAUAAUGCCUGUUAUGGUUCCAAUGUCAGCUCAGCACCUUCAGCCGACCAUCGCCCUGUGCCAUGGGGCACCCCGAGUGUCCAUUUUUCGUCAUUAAAUGGUACGAUAACUACAUGUUGUGACUCUUUGGACGAGAUCCGCACUGCGCUCGAUGACAUCGACGAUCAAAUACUUGAUCUUCUAAACCGGCGAGCCGCAUAUGUCCGCGAGGCGACCCGUUUCAAGUCCUCCCGGGCUUCUGUGAACGUCCCCUCGCGCAAUGAGGCCGUCCUCAAACAGGCAGAGCAGCAGGCGGUUCAUAUUGGGGUGCCAGUGACGAUUGCCCGGGCGGCCAUAGGGGCCAUUCUAAACUCCAGCGUGCCUUUUGAACAAUGCAUUUUCGAUGCGUAUAAUCAGUAA